GUCAAAGAGUUUGACAUAAAAUGGCAAAAAUGGGAGUUUUGCUGCUUUCAGCACUUGUGCUGAUAUUUGUGACCGGUCUCGACGCCGUCGCCAAAAGAGAUCACAACGACUAUACCAAAAACCCGCACCCAAUUGUGUGCUACUUUGGCAGUUGGUCACACUACCAUAAGGCCGAACCAUUUGAAAUUGAAGAUGUUGACUACGAGUUAUGCACUCAUAUUAACUAUGGUUUUGCUAAAAUCGAUGAAUACAACUACACUUUGUUGAUGUUUGAUCCGUGGCUGGAGGAACAUUUUGAGGCGUACAAGAGAUUCAUUGACCUGAAGAAGAAGAAUCCACACUUAACGACAAUGAUAUCAUUGGGCGGUUGGUAUGAGGGGUCAGAGAAGUACUCAGAUAUGGUUACCAACUCUGAAAUGAGACAGAGAUUUGUCAAACUUGCGGUUGAAUUCUUAAUCAAAUACGACUUCGAUGGCCUGGACUUG